AUGGGGGACACGAAGGUGGAGACAAUCUCGAGGUUAGCGCAAUGGAGGAUUGAAAAUUUUGGACCUUGCUCUUUCAAGAAAUCCGAUCCUUUCAAACUUGGAAUCUGGAAUUGGCAUCUGUCUAUAGAGAGGAAUCGUUAUCUAUCUGUACGGCUUUUCCCAGAACUUUCUCGAGUAUCCAAAGAGCAACCUCCUGUUGCUAAGUUUAUUCUUCGUGUCUCUAACGUUGGUCCUAAUCGAAGAUCCUACAUCUCUCCUGUGUAUGAAAAACUGCUGCGUACAACUGACGAUUGUGUGUGGCAUGUGGAUUCGAGCUUCCACGGUCGAUUCACAAUUGAUGUUGAGUUUCUUGAUCUCAAAAUCUGCCCUUUGAAUGGUGGUGAAGCUUCACCUGUUUGGCCAACCGAUGCGACAAUGCAAUCAAUCUCGACUCAAACCACUCUCAAAUGCUUAUCCCGGAUGCUAGAAGAAAGCAUCCUAUCUGAUGUCAUAAUCCACACGGGCGAUGGAACGCUCUCGGCUCACAAAGCAAUCCUUUCGGCUAGUUCAACGGUCUUCAAAAGCAUGUUCCACCACGACCUCAAGGAAAAAGAGUCAUCCACUAUCCACAUCGAAGACAUGUCAAGAGAAUCUUGCAUGGCUCUCCUUAGUUACCUCUAUGGAAACAUAACCCAAGAAGAGUUCUGGAAACACAGGCUCGCCCUUCUCGGUGCCGCAAACAAAUACGAUAUAACGGAUUUGAAAGCGGCAUGCGAGGAAAGCCUAAUGGAAGACAUAAACUCGGGUAAUGUGCUCGAGAGGCUACAAGAGGCUUGGCUUUAUCAGCUGGAGAAGCUGAAGAAAGGGUGUUUGAUGUAUCUGUUUGAUUUCGGAAAGAUUUAUGAUGUGAGAGACGAAAUCAGCAGUUUCUUCAGGCAAGCUGAUCGAGAACUGAUGCUGGAGAUGUUUCAGGAGGUUUUGUCUGUGUGGAAACCGGUUUAA